AUGAGCAAGUGUACCAUCUGCGACACCAGCCGCCCUCGGCAUCAUAACCCGCGACUAUGCAACGAUUGCCAGGACUGGGAUGACCUGCAGCACGUCUCUUCGUGUCUGGAGAAGCAGGACAAGUUCGCACACCUCAACCCGGUCCUCUUCUGCUACAAGCACAACCCGGACUGGCCGCCGAUGCGGAAGAACAACUACUCGGAGAUGAAAGAUCUCUCUUAUCAAACCCCCGAGGACUUUUCAACGAGCACCGGCUGCAUGAUCUGCGAGAAGGUGAAGGAUGUCUUGGCGGCACAUACGACUGAGGAGACCAAAGCGAAGAUAGCCGUCUGGAAGCCUUUCGUGCAUGAUCCAUGUGACGACCACUGGGCCGUUUCGAAGGAGACGGCGGCCCAGCAGACGAUGCUGCCGACGACUCAGAAGUGUGUGCUUGCUCUGGUUAUCGCAACUUCUCCCCGGACGCAGGAGAGCUGGGAGUUCGAGCCGAGGGUCAUCCAGCUUGACCUGCGGUACGAGGAGUGGUGUUAUAACCUGUCAAGUGUGACGACUUGGGAGAGAAAGACUAUGAGCUAUGGGCAAGUCAGACGAUGGCUCGAUCGAUGCGUCAAAGAUCACGGCGCCGACUGCAACGAGCUACAAACGCCGAAAUCCAUCGUCUUGCCGGGGUCGUUUCGGCUCGUCGAUACAAAGGAGUGGCGCGUGGUGCGAAUGCCAGACCCGGAAGAAUACGUCGCGCUCAGUUACGUCUGGGCUCUCGCGUCCGACUCGGCAGAGAAGCAGAAGCUGCAACUUCAACGAGACAACAUGGAAGAGAUGGAGAAACCUGGCGGUUUGGAUCCCGAUAUGCUACCAGAGGUUGUGUCCGAUGCCAUUCACCUCUGCGCAGAGCUCGGCCAGCGGUAUCUCUGGAUCGACAGGUUGUGCAUCGUACAAGACGACAUGGACACGAAGACGGAGCAGUUAGACGCGAUGGGUGUCAUCUAUCAUCGCGCUUUCCUCACCAUCGUUGCGCUGGGAGACGGCGUCACACGAGGCCUACCGGGAAUUUCUCGACGACCCAGACCCAGCAACUUCGUGAACCUAUCAUGGGAUCUGCUGGCAUCCAUGAGAAACCCGAUGGGUACUGUCCGCAUCCCGUGGAUUGAGAUUGCGGUGAAGCAUUCGAAGUGGAAUGACCGCGCGUGGACGUUCCAGGAACGGUUUCUAUCUCGCAGGCGCCUUUUCUUCGACGAGGGCCAGGUGUAUGCCAACUGCUGCAAGGAGAGAUGGUCGGAUCACGCGGAUGAGUAUCAAGAGGAGGCGUGGAGGAAGACGCAUUAUUGUCAAGAUAUGGGAUUACACGACGGUCUCAACAUCGAGACGAAGGAUUCGCUCGAUGUGUGUACUGGGCCUUUGCAGGCUUACACGCCUCGAUCGCUCACGUUCUCGGAAGAUAUUCUGAAUGCGUUUGCAGGUGUUGCAUCUAUCAUGAAGAGUCAACUCGCCACCGACUUUCUGUGCGGCCACCCGGAGAAAUACUUCUUGGAAUCUCUGCUCUGGAUCCCGAACGACUUCGGAGGCAAAUGGCGCGUAGUCCCCGACAUCCCAAGUUGGAGCUGGGCUUCGUGGGAGGGUGGUGUCGAGUGGACGGAUGAAUGGACCAUCGGGGACGAUACCUACCUUGCCGGAAGCUCUCGAGCGAAAGCAAGCAUUGUGGACUUCUGCAUUUCCGACCCGACAUCUGGACUUCGAAGGAUCAAUCAGCGGGAUCUGCCUCUGGCUCGCGUCAGACACGAAUGUCGGUGGUGGGCUCUCGCGGUCCUGAAGCACACCGAUCGCGAGUGGUGGCCGUCCAAGAUUGCCAAGGAGAAUAGGUCAGCGAGCGUUUCCGAAGAAGCUGUCAACCAUGUUGUCGGUCAAUGUCGUGAAGUCGCAGUCCGACAUGGCUGGGAACCGUCCACAGAGCACCAAUUCCCCCGAACUGCAUCUCUCAGCGACCUGACCCCGGCCAAUCGUACGGAGACCGCGUUUCGUCUCAUCGAAGAGCACGAAAGGGUUUACUGGUGGCCGCCUCUCACCGCAGAGUCUCCAGAGGAAAGGAAGGAGCUUGAAAAGCUGGAUAAUGCCGCAUCUGCGUUGGCCGCCGAAAUUCCCAACGCACUGGUCUUCAACACGUCGGUCGCACGUUUGUUGGUGAAGCCCUUUGACAAAGCGUGGUUCGUGAUCCCGCCGAGAAGACAUCGUACAGGUUGCUACAUUACCACCAAAGACGGAAGUAUAGUAGGAAUUACUAUGAGAAUGCAUCCAUGGAUGCGCCAGCAAAUCUUCCAGCCGGAGAGGGAGUAUUCGGUCCUAGUAUUGGGCGUUGGCACAGCCACGCGAGAGAUGCGACAGACGACAGGCCACGGUGGAAGUCAGCGGGACUGUCAAUGGUAUGAAUGGGUACUGCUGGUCACGAUUGCAGAAGAAGAUGAACGAGGAGCGUUUCGACGCCUGGCUAUCGGCUCCGUUUAUCCUGACGAAUGGAUGAAAACGCAGCCAAAGUGGAUGACUGUCGUAGUCGGUGGUUAG